AAAUGACCAUGAUAUAAUGUCAAGUGUCGAUAAAUAUGGUUUUUGACAAUUCAUUGUCAUUAAUUGUAUUGUUAGGAUAAAUUUAUAAAUAAUAUCAUUAUUUUGUGUUUGGUCCAAAGAGCAUUACAAUACUGCGGAAAGUCUGGUUUAUAUUGGCGAAACACACAAGCAGACAGACGGUGGAACCCAUAAUUGAAAAGAAGAAGAAAUAUCAGAGUAUAUAUACACAAAUAACAACAGUAUACAAUGUCGAUAGGAUCUGUGUAUGAAAUAGCCUAUAAAGGCGACUUUAAUCAAGUUAAAGUAAAAAUAGAUCAGGAUAAGUCUUUAGUGUCUAAGACCGAUGAAAAUGGUCGCCUGUUAAUACACUGGGCCGCGUUGGGUGGAAAUGAAAAUUUGGUUGAUUAUCUGAUUGAUUGUGGUAGUCCCCUUGACCCUGUAGAUGAUACAGCAUCUACACCUCUCAUACUUGCAUCGUCAGCUGGAAGAUAUGAAGUCGUCAAACUUCUUAUCAACAAAGGAGCAAAUGUGAACCACAAAACAAAUAGAAGACAAACUUCUAUGCAUUAUGCAUGCUCUAAAGGGCAUAAAGAGAUUGUGAAAUUAUUGAUAAACUCAGAAGCAAAUGUGAAUGAUGCUGAUGUGCUUGGUGCCACACCACUACACAGGGCAGCUGCUCAAGGCCGAAGUAACAUUGUAGAACUGCUGGUGGCUUGUUCACACCUAAAGAUAGACCCUACUGACUCUACAGGAUCUACACCCUUACAUUUGGCAUGCGAGGAAGACAGGGAGGCUGUUGCUUGUUUAUUGGUCAAAUCCGGUGCCAAAACUGAUAUAGAAAAUAAGGAAAAGAAAACCCCAUUUGACUUAUGCUCCAAAAAAUUGAAACAAAGUAUCAUGAAUAUCCUAAAGGAAUAAUAUGUUUUGAUUUUAAAUAAAGUGUAUAAUCAAAAAGAUA